CGAGGACCAACCAACCACCCCUUGUACGGUUGUACCCUCCCGCACUGCAGUGGGUUUCGCUGCGUUGUGUUCACCCCUCUGUUUCUGUCGCCGCUUGCGGCGACGACUAGGCGAGCGCCGCCACCCUUCGCCACGUUUUCGCCGGCGACGAGCACCCACCAGGUCGGUUGGCUUUGGCAGUUCAGACCGGCCGCGCGGCCAUGGCUUCCGACGGAAUCACCCCCAGAGAUGUAUGUGUUGUUGGAGUUGCACGCACCCCUAUGGGUGGUUUCCUUGGCGCCUUGUCUUCCUUGCCUGCAACAAAACUUGGCUCUAUAGCAAUUGAAGCUGCUCUGAAAAGAGCAAAUGUGGAUCCGGUCCUUGUGCAGGAGGUCUACUUUGGAAACGUCUUGAGUGCUAAUUUGGGACAAGCUCCUGCAAGGCAAGCUGCGCUGGGUGCAGGGAUACCAAACACUGUUGUCUGUACCACGGUUAACAAAGUCUGUGCAUCUGGCAUGAAAGCUACUGUGUUUGCAGCGCAGUCAAUUCAACUGGGUAUCAAUGACAUUGUUGUGGCAGGUGGCAUGGAAAGCAUGUCCAAUGCCCCAAAGUACAUUGCUGAAGCUAGGAAAGGUUCUCGUUUUGGACAUGACACACUUGUCGAUGCCAUGCUUAAGGAUGGUCUUUGGGACGUAUACAAUGAUUGUGCCAUGGGAAUGUGUGCCGAGCUUUGUGCUGACAAUCAUGCCCUUACAAGAGAAGAUCAGGAUGCUUUUGCCAUCCAAAGCAACGAGCGUGGAAUUGCUGCUCGUGACAGUGGCGCUUUUUCAUGGGAGAUUGUUCCGAUUGAAGUUCCUGUCGGGAGGGGAAAACUUCCAGUACGUAUUGAGAAAGAUGAAAGCCUGGACAAGUUUGACCCAGUAAAACUGAAGAAACUCCAUCCAAGUUUCAAGGAGAAUGGUGGUACUGUUACAGCUGGUAAUGCUUCUAGUAUAAGUGAUGGAGCUGCUGCGUUAGUUUUGGUGAGUGGGCAGAAGGCUCAAGAGCUUGGCCUGCAAGUCCUUGCAAGGAUCAGAGGAUAUGCAGAUGCAGCUCAAGCUCCAGAGCUUUUUACAACUACCCCAGCACUUGCCAUACCGAAGGCUAUCGCAAAUGCUGGAUUAGAGUCAUCCAAUGUUGAUUUUUAUGAGAUUAACGAAGCCUUUUCGGCUGUUGUACUUGCAAAUCAAAAGCUUCUUGGGAUUCCUUCGGAAAAGACUAAUGUCCAUGGAGGAGCUGUAUCUUUAGGUCAUCCUCUUGGGUGCAGUGGUGCUCGUAUUUUGGUCACCCUUCUUGGUGUACUUAGGGAGAAGGGGGGCAAGAUCGGGGUUGCUGGUGUCUGCAAUGGUGGAGGUGGAGCAUCAGCACUUGUUCUCGAGCUUGCAUAAGAGAUACUGACCUUGUAUUGCAGGUACAACAAUUCCAGUAGUUAGCACCAGCUUCCUGAGGCGCAAUCUUGUACUAUUAUGUUGAUGUUUAUUUUUGUGUUGUAGCUCGUCUACCAUUCUUAGCGUAAUUUGGCAAUAAAGUAUGUUGUGCUUCUUUUACUUGCGUAGUAUCCUGCAAUAAGAGAAAUGGAGCAGCCUCUUUACACGAUUCUCAUGUGGAAUCUUUGCAUCCGGUUCAGGCACAUAGAUGUAGUUUUAAAUGUAGUUUUAAAUGUUUGGGUGAAAUUUGUCUACUGAAACUCUAUGGAUGCUACAAGGGACAUGCUGGGUUCCAGUCUAGGCAAGAGUAGGGCUGGUUACUGGCGACAUGGUGCAGGCAAAUUGUUAGGGUGGCUGCUUGAGCUGUUGUUGGUUACUCUUGUUGCCAAUUGCCUACGCCACAUAGAUGUGUUCAAGAUAUGUGGAGCCUUUCUCAGUAGUCAUCCUUGCUUUCUGCUGGCUCGUGUUGAAGCUAGAGUGCGUGAAUGUAAAUGAACAAGUGAUUAAAGUAUGGAUUCCAUUUAUUGGUCA